AUGUCGCUGUGUCUCCAUCGCCGUCUGCUGCUGCUGCUGCUUGCUGCUGUCUGUCUGUACACCGCGCUGCAGCAGCAGCUCGCUCGCGCCUUCGUUACUACAGCUGGUGGGGGGCCCCUAGUACCGCCGCAGCCGUUUCAAAGGGGAAGGGCCUUCUGCAGCAGCAGCAACAGCAGCAGCAGCAGCAGCAGCAACAACAGCAGCUUCUCAAUCGGGAGCUCCCUCACUUUCCGCCCUUCUGCUAUGGACGGGCAGCAACCCGGCCUCCCUGCAGCUCGGGGAGAUGGAGAAGCCGUCGUAGAAGCAGCAGGAGCUUUCUCAGCAGCCCAAGAUGUCCCCGAUGAGACACCGGCGGAGGUGAAGGAAGAAAUAAGAAGAAGACGACGAGCGAAUCCGCCUGUUGCUGCUGCUGCUGUUUCUGCCACCGUCGUUGCGGCUGCACCUGCUGCUGCUGCUGCUGCCACUGCUGUUGCUUCGGCAACUGUUGUUGCUGCUGCUGGUCUUGCUGCUGCUGUUGCUUCUGCUAUUGCUGCUGCGGAGACACCGGCGGAGGUGAAGGAGGAAAUAAGAAGAAGACGACGAGAGAAUCCGCUUUCUGCGGCUCGCCGGUUAAAGAAUGACUCUCUUAGAAUUGCUUUGAUGGGGCCCGCAGCCUACAGCGAGUUUGUAUCAUCAUCACCAGCAGCAGCAGCAGCAGCAGGAGGAGCAGCAGCAGCAGAAAAAGCAGCAGCAGCUGCUGCUGCUGCAGAGAUUGCCAGCUCAUCUGUCCCCGUUUGGGUGAUGCGGCAGGCGGGGCGAUAUCUGCCGGAAUUUCGGGCCGUCAGGGCGAAGCACAAAUUCUUAACCGGCGAAGCACAAAUUCUUAACCGUCAGACUCAUGCUGCUGCUGCUGCUGUUGCUUCUGCUGCUGCUGUUGCUGCUGCUGCUGCUGCUGAUGAUGCUGAUGAUGAUGAUGAUGAUGAUGAUGAUGAUGAUGCUGCUGCUGAUGCUGGUGGUGCUGCUGCUGCUGUUGCUGAUGCUAGUGUGGUGGUGCUGCUGAUGCCGGGGGUGGUGCUGUUGCUGGUGCUGGUGGUGCUGCUGGUGCUGUUGGUGGUGGUGCUGCUGCUGCUGCUGAUGCUGCUGGUGAUGUUGCCGAUGCUGGCCAUGGGUAUGCCGCUGACCGUGGAGGAGGGGGAGGGGCCUCGCUUCGGCUGGCGGUUAGAAUCCCCCGCAGACAUUGAGCGUCUAGACACCGCAUUUGACGUUGAAGACAAACUAGAGGGGGGGGCCCCCAAGAAGGGUUGGCGGCGAGCAAAGGAGUUUAUGUUCAAAUACCCAGAUGAAACAAAGUUGCUGCUGCAGCAGAUCGCAGCAGCAGCAGCAAAAUAUCUAAGCAAACAAGUCGAGGCGGGAGCCCAAGUGCUGCAGGGCGAUCUAGACCCGCAGUUGCUGUACGCACCAGACGAGACUAUCGUCAAAGAAGCCACCAAAAUGGUAGAGGCAUAUCAACCGGGGCGUUAUAUAGCCAACCUUGGCCACGGCAUGGAGCCAGCAAUGGAGCCCCACAAACUCGCUGUCUUCUUGCAGGCUGUUAAGGAUGCUGCUGCUAGCAUCAAGAAAAAGCGAGACUUAAAACAACCUAGCUAG